AUGGCUUCGUCUUCCUCCGAUCCCGGAAAGUCCGCGGAGACCUCAGAAGCUCUGGCGGCGGCGAACGAUCAGCUUUUACUGUACAGAGGAUUGAAGAAAGCGAAGAAAGAGAGAGGUUGUACUGCCAAAGAACGAAUCAGUAAAAUGCCUCCGUGUGCCGCCGGUAAACGUAGCUCCAUCUACCGUGGUGUCACUAGGCAUAGAUGGACUGGUCGUUAUGAAGCGCAUCUUUGGGAUAAAAGUACAUGGAACCAAAAUCAGAAUAAGAAAGGAAAGCAAGUUUACUUGGGGGCGUAUGAUGAUGAGGAAGCAGCGGCUAGAGCGUAUGACCUUGCUGCUCUGAAAUAUUGGGGUCCUGGGACUCUAAUUAAUUUCCCAGUGACUGAUUAUACAAGAGAUCUCGAAGAAAUGCAGAACGUUUCAAGAGAAGAAUACCUUGCGUCUUUGCGUCGGAAGAGCAGUGGUUUUUCACGAGGACUAGCAAAAUAUCGUGGACUCUCCAGUCGAUGGGAUCCAUCAUAUGGCCGAAUGACUGGAUCGGAUUACUUCAAUAGUAUGAAUUAUGGCGCAGGGGAUGAUUCAGCUGCAGAAAGUGAAUAUGUUAGUGGUUUCUGCAUAGAAAGAAAGUUUGAUUUAACAAAUCACAUAAAAUGGUGGGGAUCUAAUAAGAACCGACAACCUGAUGCUGGAACAAAACAUGGUUUUGCCGGAGAUAUUUACAGUGAACUGAAAACAUUGGAACAGAAAGGUCAACCAACAGAACCAUACAAGAUGCCAGAGUUGGGUCGGCUCCACAAUGAGAAAAAGCAUAAAAGUUCUUCGAUCUCUGCCUUAAGUAUAUUGUCGCAGUCUGCUGCUUACAAAAGCAUGCAAGAGAAAGUGGCAAAAAGACAAGAAAAUAGCAUUGAUAAUGAUGAGAAUGAAAACAAAAAUAUAGUCAAUGAGUUGGAUCGUGGGAAGGCGGUAGAGAAACUCUCUAAUCACGAUAGUGGCAAUGAUCGACUUGACAUUGCAAUGGGAAUGAGUGGGGCGCUGUCUCUUCAAAGAAAUGUUUAUCCAUUGAUGCCAUUCUUGUCUGCACCACUUUUGACAGCCUACAACACUGUUGAUCCACUGGUAGAUCCUGUUCUUUGGACAUCUCUCAUUCCUAUGCUUCCUGCUGGCCUUUCUCGUACAGCUGAGGUUACAAAGACAGAGACUGAUUCAACGUAUACUAUGUUUCAAUCAGAGGAGUAA